AUGACGCAGGUGGAAGUAGAGGCAGGAGCGCUUAGCGGCACGAAGCCUGUGGCUGCUGAAGUGCCCAAGAGUAAGUCUACCAAGUCAUCAGAUAAAGGUGACGUCAAGACCAAGUCAAAACCCAAGCCAAAGGCAAAGCCUAAGCCGCCGACCAACACGUUAGACCGGUGGUUUAAACCAGCUACCAGCGCGGCGAAAGAUAAGAAACCUAGCGACAAUCCCAAGGGAAUUGAUGAUGUAGUAGUAAUCAAGGACGACGAGAAACCAGUCGUUCAGAAGAAAUCGAAGCCCGUGGGUGCGUCCCGCAACUUCGUGCAGCGCUACAUCCACAUCAACGACGAGUGUCGCGUGUGCGAAUGUGCCAAAACGGAAGAGGCAACGCGUUGCGAGCUUCGCUGCGCCACUUGCUCAAUGACAGUCCACAAGAAGUGCUACGGUGUGAGGGGUGAACUACCCGAUGGAGAUUGGAACUGCCGCCGCUGCCAGUUCAUAUAUGACGAGACAGCAUGGGAAGAUAUCAGCAGUUUGAUUGGGGUGGAAUCGCCUGAAGGAGUCACGUUCCCGACAUGCAAGCCACUGGAUGAGAAGCAAAAGUUGCACAAGCUGCAAACGGACUGUGAUUUCGCCGCCGUGUUCUUAUUCUUGCAACGCUUCCGUCGACUUGGCCUCAAGUUGUCGAACGUCGUCACUACACUGGAGAGUUUAGCCAGCGCCUUGCUGGAGCCGAAGGAGGACGGAUUGUGCGAGGAGCUCCACACACGACUGCUGGCCAACAUUAACGUCGUCAUGAACAAAAAAUAUCAGUGGUAUGUCCACCUCUUUCGCUUCUUGCGAGAAGAACAGUACCCACCAGCAGUUGCACAAGACACAAAGUUCCCAGCUACCAGCGCUGAGGCGGAGAAGCGCGAGGGAUUUUACUUUGACCUGCCAGUAGCGGAGAGGGUGGCCAUUCUCAAGUUCUUAUGUGAAGUGCAGUUUGACCGCAACGACACACUCAUCGAGCAGAUUGAUGACGAGGAAGCAGAGUCGAUGAGGAACGCACCGAUCGGGACAGACGCCGUAGGUCGCUCCUACUUCAUUCUGGAAGAUGCUGCGACGGUGCCAAAUGCGGUGGUGUGGGUCUGUAGGUGUGCGCAGAUUGGUGGGACCGACUGGGAGACUGUAUGCAACGAUCUCGAUUCAGUGGAGUCGCUGGUAGAGCAGUUAUCGCUGUCGGUUGAUUCGUCGGACUUGCAGUUGUGGCAAACGCUGUCUCGGGGUGCUCUCAAGAAGCUCACUCGACAGCAGGAGAGGCGGAGACGAAACGAGCGCUGGAAAAGUGAGCUUGCUGUUACUGGAGUACUGGAUUCGUCCGGUAACUUGGAAGGUAUCGGUCGACGCUCGUUACGCAACCGGCAACAGGUUAACUACGCGAAUAUAGAUGCUGAAGAGGAGGAGGAAGACAUUGUUGCUGACUCAGAUAAGAGUGGGGAUGAAGAAGAAGCGUUCGAAGCCAAGAGUGACAAUGAUGCUGAGAGCGAAACAGACGGAGACGAUGACGAAGAAGGAGAAGAUCAGCCUCGACGGUCGACGCGCAACAGUGUGGUGCUGACCAAGAAGCGGAAGGCUGAGAGCAAUUCCACACGGAGAAGCAAGCGGAUACGGUACUCGCCACACGCGAGUGGCCAUCCUGGUCUCCGUCGUAGUUCUCGCAACCGCAGCGCCGCUAUGACCCCUUCUUCUCAAGACGAGGAGGAGGAUGACCACGAUUCGGAUGGCGACUCGGACGAGUGA